UCGUGUUUUACCGACCGUCGGCAGUUAUCCGACCACAUAAUUACACGCCUUAUUAAUUGCAGUAACAUCGUGUCAAUCAAACUUUUUGACGUCAUAAAUGACAUCAUCCAUUUUUCCCGGAACUGUUCGGUGCCAUUUUGUCUUUUACGCAGUGUUUUUGAACGACAAGCCGGCUUCCUGUACAAACAAGGUACUAUUUCUUUUCUUUAAAAAUACGCUGAUAACUAAGAGUAUAAGGAGGGUAGGAAGUUUUUGCAACCAUUUUGUCUUUGUAUAUCUUAUUUGUUGAAUAUUUGUAGAAGCUGACACCACUUCAUGAUGUCACAUCGCGAAUUUAUAUGUCUACUUCACUCCACGUCUUAUUUGACCUUGAAGAGGAGGGAGGUCGGUGACUACCGACACAAUAUGGUAUGGUCGGUAGUUAUCGACCGCCAUUUUCUUUAAGGAUUAUUUUUAGUUAAUUUCACUUUCUUUUCCAGAAAACGAUGGCUUUGCGGCUCAAAUACUCACCUUCGAAGAUGAAACAAGCUAUUGCAAGCGUCAAAUCAGGCACACUAUCAAGACGGAAAGCUGCUGAAUUGUACGGCAUUCCCAAAACAACCUUACUAGAUAAGUUGUCAGGGCGAAGUCCUGAGGAAAGAGUCCGCCCGGGUCCAGCUACAGUACUUACAGAGGCAGAGGAGAAUGUUCUCUGUGACUAUAUAAAAUUAAUGGCUUCGAUAGGGUAUCCUGUGACACGAGAUGAACUCCUUACAGAGGUGAAGAAAGUCAUUGAUCUGGAUGGUCGUAACACACCAUUCAGAAACAACAAGCCUGGAAAGGAUUGGUUUUAUGCGUUCAGAAGACGCCAUCCAGACCUAUCUGAGCGUUCAGCAAUGUGUCUAGGUCAUCAUCGCGCAGUUGUAAAUAUGGCGAUGAUCCAGGGAUGGUUCGAUGGUCUUGUAGAACACCUGCAAUCUGAAGUACAAGAUUAUCAAAGUCUUCUAAAGGACCCUCGUAGACUAUUCAAUUGUGACGAGAGUGGCUUUCCAUUGUGUCUUAAGACUGGGAAAGUUUUGGCUGAGAGAGGAGCUCGUCAUGUGUACCAUGUGUCGUCAAGCAACAAGCAGCAGAUCACCGUCAUGGUUUGUUUCAGCGCAUUUGGCAACUACGUUCCACCACUUAUUGUCUAUCCCGGGGAACGGUUUAGAGACACUGGUAUAGAAGCAUUCCCUACAGCAAUCUAUGGGCAUACCCAUAACGGCUGGAUGGACAGCGAACUAUUUGUUGCCUUCCUUGAGCAUUUUUCUUCGUAUGUUGACCAUGAAAACAUCCCCAAGCCAGUGCUACUAUUCGUAGAUGGUCACAGCACUCACAUGUCACGAGAUGCUGCUACUUACUGUGCCAAUAAUGGAAUCAUUCUCUAUUGCUUGCUUCCCAACGCAACACACAUCCUCCAGCCCUGCGAUGUUGGCUUUUUUUCACCCAUGAAAUCCGCCUGGAAAAAAAAUCUCAAACAUUGGCAGCUUGAGAAUAUUGGGGAAACAUUAACAAAGCGUCAGUUUCCAGCUGUCUUCAAAAGUGCGUGGGAAACUGUUAGCACGCUGGAAAACGCGGCACAUGGCUUCAGGCGUUCUGGUCUGUACCCAUUAGAUCCAAACGGUAUAGAUAAGACAAAGUUAGAACCAUCUAAAAUUGCCAAUCCACCACGAAUGUUAUCAACAUGUCAAGAUACAUCUUCUGUCUUAAAAGAGCAAGACACUAAAACCGCUGAUGCAAACGAUUUACCAGGGCCAUCCGGAGAUAGUUUGCCCAUUAAAGAUAGCCCAUCUGAUAGCGGGAAUUCAUUUGGCGGGUUAAAGCAAGUCUCAGACAGCACAUGUGACAUUAACAAUACAAAUUUUUCACAAUGCACAGAGUCCAUGACUGCAUCAAUCUCACCUUCACUGACGUCAUCAAAAGGUCGCCAGUCAUUAGUGUCUGAAUCAUUUAGGUCUCUCUCUGUUCCAGUACCAAAACAGAGACGCCAGUCUAGCACAUUUUUUACCAAACUUCCAAAAGCACUCUCCGGCUCUGCAGCACUCAGAAUGUUUGAAGAGAGAGAAGAAAAGAAGAAAGCAGAUGUGUUAGCGAAACAAAAGAGACAAGAAGAGAGAGAACUGAAGAAAAAGAUGAAACAAGAAAUGCAAGAACAAAAGAGAAAGGAAAAAGCAGAUAAAAAACAAAAACGAGAAGAAGAGAAAAAGCUUAAACUAGCACAAAAGGGUACAUCAAAGCAGAAGAGGCGUAGAAACGAUAGUUCUUCGUCUGAAAGCAAUGAUGAAAAUAAAAACAUAAAACUUCAGUAUCAAGAUUCUGACGACAGUUACAACGAAAAAGAUCUUUGUCCCGGCUGCCUUACUGAUGAUGUGUAUGAGGAUGAUGAAGAGUGGGUAAAGUGUGCCAAGUGCCCUCGUAGAUGGCAUGUCUCAUGCACUGGAGACGCUGUUCUCUUGGAUAUUCCUGUCGGCCAGCUAAGCGACUACCCGUUUCAUUGCGAGUACUGUGUUUAAUUGUAUAGACUUUGAGCUUGCAUGACAAGAGUGUAUAUUGAAACAGUAGAUUUAGUUGUCAGAUGAAAAUUGGAAGAAAAUUUGGUUGUAUUUCCUGAUUUUUAAACUAUGAUUUAUGUAUUUUUUAAAAAGUCAAAAGGUGGUCGGUAAUUGCCUCCUGCGGUCGCUUACUGACGACUUUACCAACCUUCAUUUUUUUCGAAGCAAUAUAUGACAAAUAUGCUUUUACAUGCUGAAAUAUAUCCUUAUCAUGUUAGGUAAGGUUCAUAUUACUGCUUGCUUGUAUUUACAAAGCUUAAGGUGGUUUUAGCCAUCGACGACAGUAAAGCGUACCUUAAGUGGUCGAUAAUACCCGA